AUGCCCGCUCCUCUACACUCUCGGCCUCAGCAUUCGUUUACGUCGGGGCAGGAAGCUCCAUCCGAUGAUCACGGGCCUCGUGUGCAUGUCUCUCACGCGGACGAGGAUGCUCUCGCUGAUAUCCAUCGCACGUUGACGGAAAAGAGUCAGCCUGGCGUGCAGUAUGCGGAGCCCCACUCUUCGUUUGACAAGUUCCUCGAGGAACAGGUUCGGGGAGGCAAGAAGCGUUCGAAUCUGGGUGUUAGUUUCCAGUCGGUGUCGACAUGGGGCGAUGGGGAUGAUCACGCCGGCGUCAAGACACUGGGAACGGCUCUGUGGCGCACUCUGACUUUCCAGGAUAUUUACGAAUGGACUUUUCAGCCAUGGGUGUCAUCGAAGAAGCCUGAAGACGGACGUCAGCUUAUCCGGGACUUUUCUGGGGUGGUUGAGAGCGGCGAGAUGAUGCUCGUGCUUGGACGACCUGGUGCCGGCUGCUCGACAUUCUUGCGAACAAUUGCAGGCCACCACUCCUCUUUCCUCGGUGUUACAGGCUUAAUCGAUUAUUCGGGUUUGAGCCCCGAGGAAAUGCGCAAUCACUACCGUAGCGCCGUGGCGUACGUGCCUGAAGACGACGUGCAUUUUCCCACUCUCAACGUGAGACAAACUCUGGAAUUUGCACUGCAGAGUAAAACGCCAAAGCGCUACCAGGACCGCAUCCCGCGGUAUCUAGAAAUCUACGGCCGUGUGUUUGGCAUGUCUCAUACCAUGAACACCCUCGUCGGUAACGAGUAUAUCCGUGGUGUAUCCGGUGGUGAACGCAAGCGUAUCUCCAUCAUUGAAUCGCUCGCCACGGACUCUUCUGUGACAUGCUGGGAUAACUCCACUCGAGGUCUUGAUGCCUCCUCUGCCCUGGAUUACGCGCGUAGCUUGCGAAUCAUGACCGACACCUGCGGAAAGGCGACCCUCCUCACACUCUACCAAGCCUCGGACGCCAUCUACGAACUCAUGGAUAAGGUCUUGCUUAUUGAUGAGGGAAGAAUGCUCUACCAAGGGCCCGCCAGCCAAGCCAAGCGCUACUUUGAAGAUCUAGGCUACGAAUGCGCCGAGAUGCAGACCACCUCCGACUUCCUGACUAGCAUUACCGUGCCUGAGCGACGACGAUUUCGUCCUGGGUGGCAGGACCGCGCGCCCAAGGGACCGAUCGAGCUUGAGACGGCGUUCCGACAAAGCGUCGCAUUCAAAAAUAUCGAGCGAUCUGUUGAAAUGUACGACGACCAGCGCGCUGGCGGGAAGUGUAGUGGAUCUUGCCAGACAUCGGAGUGUGGGAGCAUUGAGGAGUUCAAGCGGACGAUGCAGAGUGACAAGUCUCGCUUUGUCUCGUCCAAGUCUCCAUACACUAUAUCACUGUUCAGACAGGUUGUUCUCUGUGCUCAACGGCAACUGUGGCAGUUGAAAGGGCACAUGAGUCCGCUGUAUAUCAAGUUCAUCUCUUGUAUUGUUUAUGGUCUGCUGAUCGGGUCGAUGUUCUACAAGCAGCCGCAGACAACGGAGGGGAUGUAUUCUCGUGGUGGUGUCCUCUUCUACUCUUCGAUUCUGCUUGCUUGGCUGCAGAUGUCGGAGCUUGAAGACGCAAUGCAGGGACGUGAUAUCCUCAGCCGGCAGAAGAAGUUUGCUUUUGUCAGGCCGAGUGCUGUCUGCCUGGCACGGGUUAUGCAGGAUAUGAUAUUAUCUGCUAUACUGACUCUGUUGUACCUGAUUGUGAUGUACUUCCUGUCGGGGCUGCGUUCGGAUGCUGGGCCAUUCUUCAUCGACUUCCUUUUCAUCUACAUCUGCACGGUCUGCCUCACGGCCCAGUUUCGUGUUUUCGCAGCUAUGUCGAGUAAUUUUGAGGUCGCACUACGCUACUGCGGUGUCUCGGUUCUAUUCUGCAUUGUUUUCGGUGGCUAUGUCUUGUCCGUUGACAAGAUGCUGCAGGAUGUUCCUUGGGUCGGAUGGAUUGCGUAUAUAACACCCGCAUUGUAUACCUACGAAUCAGUAAUGGCAGCCGAAUUCCACAACGUUAACUUUACGUGCGCCGCCUCGUCAAUCGUCCCUUCAGGAUCCAACUACACCGACGUCGCCUACCAAAGCUGCGCUUACGCCGGCAGCAAGAUCGGUAGCACAGUCGUGAACGGCGACGAUUACCUCGCUGCUCAUUUCGGAUUCUACUACCGCCAUGUGUGGCGCAAUUUUGGAAUUCUCUGUCUGUUCACGUUCGUCUAUGUCGCUCUUACUUGCUGGCUUAGCGAAGUCAUGGAGUGGGAAUUGGACAGCGCUGGUCCCACCCAGUACAACAGUUCGAAGAAAUGGUUCAGCCAGAGGAAAGCUCGGUUUGAUGAGGAAUCCUCUCCUGUUUCGGUUGAUUCCAAGGCUUCACCGGCUGAGUCUCAGGGUGUCAAGCCUGAGCAGUCUCUUGCUGCGACUGAGUCUACAUUUACCUGGGCGGACUUGGAGCUCAGUGUGCAGAUCGGGAAGGAAAAGCGGAAGCUUCUUGAUGGUGUGAAUGGUUAUUGCAAGCCUGGCACUCUCACUGCGCUAGUUGGAGCGUCCGGAGCAGGCAAAUCGACUCGUGAGUCCACCAAAGAGAUUUCAGCGAGACAUAAAUUGACAUCAGCAGUGUUGACGGCACUCACCCAACGACCAAGCGCUGGCAUAUUGACCGGAUCAAUGUACGUCGACAACCAGCCCAUCGACGAUUCUUUCAAUCGACAGAUCGGAUACUGCCAGCAGAUGGACAUUCACGACGAGAGUAGCACGAUCCGCGAAGCAUUCGAGUUUUCCGCACUCCUCCGCCAGGACCGCGAUACUCCCAAGGAAGAGAAGUUGGCGUACGUCGAGACAGUACUGCACACGCUGGAUCUCGUGGACUUGCAGAAUGCAGUGAUUGGAUCGUUGGAUAUUGAGAAGAAGAAGCGCGUCACGAUCGGUGUCGAGCUCUGCGCUCGUCCGCGAUUGCUGCUGUUCCUGGAUGAGCCUACGAGUGGACUGGACAGUCAAGGUGCGACCAGCAUUGUUGCGCUACUGCGACGACUGUCGGAUCAGGGACUGGCUGUUCUCUGUACUAUUCAUCAGGCGAAUCAGCAGCAAUUUGAAGAGUCGCAGUUUGAUCGUGUCCUCGCGCUCAGCCCCGGCGGCAGCACUUACUACUUCGGACCAGUCGGCGAGUCUGGCGAGACCAUCUUCAACUACUUUAACAAACACGGCCACAACCCGCAAAAUGUCACCAACGCCGCAGAUUUCCUAAUUGAAGUAGUCGUCGGCGGCAUGAAAGACUCUGACAACAGCGUCAACUGGGCCUCCGUCUGGCGCGACUCAGCCGAGGCACAAAACGUCAAGAAAGAAAUCGCCGACAUUCGCACCCACGAAAACAAACACGCCUCCUCCGCACCAUCCCUCCCACCCCUUCACCAACAAAUAACCCUCCUCACCCAACGAACAUGCCGCCAAUUCUGGCGAACAGCCGAAUACCCCUACUCGCGCCUCUACGCCUCCUUCCUACACGCCCUCAUCAACGGUCUAACCUACCUCCAAAUCGGAGACAGCACAACAGAUCUCCAAUCCAAGGCGUUCUCGUGCUUCCUGGUCCUCAUGCUUGUCCCCGAAUUCAUCAACGCCAUCUCCAUGCGCUUCAUCCUGAACAGAGAUAUUUGGCUUGCGCGCGAAGGACCGAGUGGCGUCUACAACUGGAUCGCGUUUAGCACUGCACAGAUCAUUUCUGAGAUUCCGUAUGCCAUUGCCGGCGGCGUUGUUUUUUAUGUGCUGUAUUACUUUAUGGUCGGGCUUCCGCUGGGCUUUGCGGCCGGGUAUAGUUUCCUCAUGUUCUUCCUUUUUUUCCUCUUUGCUACGUCUUGGGGUCAGUGGAUCGCUGCGCUGAGCUCUGACUCAAUGGUCGCCGCAACCCUAAUGCCCUUCUUCAUAAUCAUGUGCGAACUCUUCAACGGCAUCCUCCGCCCGCACGAACAAAUGCCCGCAUUCUGGAAAUACACCAUGUACUACAUCACCCCGUUCACCUACUGGAUCGGCGGUGUCCUCGCCGCCGUCCUCGGCGGGACAGAGGUGAUCUGCUCGGCGAGCGAGUUAACACUCUUCCAGUCCCCGCCUGACAUGACCUGUGCGCAAUACGCGGGUGACUGGUUGAAACAAAAAGGGGUCGGAUAUUUGGAUAAUCCAGAUGCGAGUGGGGUGUGUGGGUAUUGCGAGUAUAGUCGUGGUGACGAUUAUUUAACCGGCAUUGGACUUGAUGAGUCGAAAAUUUGGCCGUAUUUUGGCAUUUUCCUUGCCUUUACGGUUACUAAUUAUCUUAUGGUUUAUCUGCUUGUUUAUUUCAGGUCUGUUUGGAGGAAGUGA